AUGGCUGCACUAACUAAUCUGGGGAUGAGGAUUCAAGAAACCAUAUCCGAAUCAACGCGUGAUCUUCCAUUCAUGGGUCGUUCGCCAAACUUGGAGUUCUUCGACACCGACGAAGACAAAGUCAAGAAGAUUAGUCGCCAGUUAGAAUCAUCAUCAGAGAGAGACAAAUUGGAGGCCAUGAAAAGACUGGUAGCUGUUGUGAAAAAUGUUGGUUCUAGCAGUCUUGAGACACGAAAACUAGUCUAUAUCUACUUACUGCGAUACGCCGGCGUCGAGCCCGAUUUGGCGCUUCUCUCCAUUAACACCUUCCAAAAAGAUCUUGCGGAUCCCAAUCCGUUGAUUCGUGCUAUGGCCCUCCGCGUUCUCUCGGGAAUACCUGUACCUAUUAUUAGUUCCCUAGUUGUGCUGGCAUUGGAAAGUGUGCCUCGGAUACCAGCCCAUAUGUGCGAAAAGCAGCGGCACUGGCAAUCCCCAAGGCUUAUGGAUCGCUUAUUCCCCAAAAGCCUGGAUGCUGCGCAGUUUUCUUCCUUAAUGACUAUCCUAUCCUCGCUUCUUCAUGACCGCUCACCUCUGGCGAUUGGCGCAGUGGCAGUUGCCUUUAAUGCGCUAUGUUCAACCAGGCUAGACCUUUUGCAUCCUCAUUACCGCAGACUUUGCAGAAUGCUAGGAGACCUCGAUGAAUGGGGCCAAAUUCAGGUGGUCGCACUACUGACGAGAUAUGGGAGACGCAUGUUCUCAGCUCCGACCGAAGGGGACUUAGAUGCGGACCUUGGACUGCUCUUAAACUCUGUACAUCCGUU